AUGGAAAAUUUAGAUAAUGGAACAAAUAGUAAUAAUGGUAAUAAGGUAUCAGUAAGAUUUAUUAUUGAUAGAAAACAUCAAUUUGUUUGUUUAUUGGAAAAAGAAAUGACAUUUAAAAAAGUAGAGGAUUAUUUAAUUUUAAAUAAACCAAAAGAGUUAUUUAGUAAUGAAAUUGAAAAUUCAAAAAAUAAAGAAGAAGAAGAAACCAAUUUCAAAUUUCUUUAUUCUGGUAAAUUAUUCAAUUAUAAACAAACAAUAAAUGAUUUAAUUAAAACACAAAAUAAAUAUCCAUUAAAUUGUCAACUAGUUUUAGUUAAAAAGAAACAACAACAACAACAACAACAACAUUCAACAAACAAUAAUAAUAAUAAUAAUAUUAGCAAUACAGCUAAUAAUAAUAUUGAAAUUCAUUUUCAUGGUUGUUUCUUUGAUUAUGAUGAAUUUCAGCAAAUUGAUUCAAUUUUCACAAAGAAUGAAAAGAAGAAUGAAAAUAAUAAUAAUAAAAAUGAAAAUAGUUUUAUUAGUUUACAAUUUUUAAAUCAAUUUUUACAUAGUUAUUGGGAGUAUUUAAUUCAAAGACAACCAGAUUUAAUUCAACCUUCAUCAAAUAGAAAUUUCCCAACAGAGAAAUUAUCAUUAAUUUUAAGAAAUGUUUUAAAAGUACCCUCAUUAAAUUCAGAAACGUCUAUAAAUAGAGACCAAUUUAGAAUCAUUUUUUAUUUAUUCACUUCAAAUUCUGAAACUACAAUUUGUCCAAAUGGUACUUAUAAUAUAAUUUUAAAAAUGAUUGAACAAUAUCAUCCAACAAUUAUUGAAGAAUAUUCUGAAAAUAAUAAUAAUAAUAAUAAUAAUAAUAGUAAUGAAAAUAAUAAUAAUAUUCCAUUUAAUAUAGAGGAAUUUAAUAAAAUUUUUAAAUUAGUUUUAUCAAUUCAACAACAAACAAAUUCAAAUAUUAAUAAUUCAAAUCAAAAUGAAAAUGAGAAUGAAAAUGAAAAUGAUCAACCUUUAUUAUCUUGUAAAAAUAUUGAACUUUUAUUUUAUUUAUAUACUGCAAAUAUAGUUUUAAAAAAAAAAGAAAGAGAAAGGGAAGAAAGAGAAAAAGAAAAAGAAAAAGGAAAAAAUAAAGAAAAUAAGAAUGUCACUGUUCCAACUUUAUAA